AUGGAGGGAAAGAAGGAGAGAAGGAGGCGGGUGUUGGGGCGGGAGUGGGGAGCGGGCGCGGCGGCGGGUGAGCGCCUGGGGCCACGGGUGAGUGCCUCACCUGGCCACGGCAGUGGCCAUGAGCGGCUCCCCGGGGCGCCGGAGGGCGAGAGCCGAGAGCCGCGCCAAGGUAGCGACCGGCGGGACUCGGCCCGGAGCCCCAGACGGGGAUGUGCGGAGGGAGGCUUCGGGCUUUGCAGGCGCUGCUGGUGCCGUGUGCGCUGCAGAGAACAAGGAGCAUCUGAAGCGCUCCUGAUGGGGAGUUGCAUACCAGUUGCGAGGGGCUUGGGUUAUCGCAGAGAACAUGAAGAACUUAUAUCAAAGCUGAAAAAAUAUGAGCAUCAGGUGACAGAAAUUCUGUGUAACUUCAAAGUUUUAACAGCUGAGAGAGGCAAAAUUGUCAAUAUUUAUGAACAGGCACAGAAGGAGAUUUUCCAGCUCUGUCAGGAAGUUAUAAAAUGCUCCAGAACUCCUAAAAGCACUGCAGCAGCUCAAGCUAUGUUAAGACGUGAGGAGAUAGAAAGGGAUAUAGCACUGUCAGAUUUCCGAAGGAUGACUACAGAACGUGAUAGCCUCAGGGAGCAGUUACAGAUUUCCCAAGAAACUGCAUUUAAUCAGAAGGCUCAUUUGGAACAGAAAAUUGAAGAGUUUGAAACUACUAUCCAUAAUUUAAAUAGUGAAGAGUUAGAACAGAUGUCCAAAGUGGCACUAAUGAAAGAUACCAUUGAUUCUCUGGAAACUGCGAUGAAAAGAUUGACAAGAAAAGUACUGGACUCUGAAACUGAGCUGAGUUGACAGGAAGGUAAUAGCUUUCUCUUAGGUAAGUAAAGUUUAUUGAAUGAAAAGACAGAACAGAGUCUUUCAGAGACUCAUCAAAGCCUCAUUAAGAAAAACCAUGAAAUGAAACUUAGCCAAGAGAAAAUGAUGCUUUUGGAUGAAAAAAUUGUUGAUUCAGGUAACUUUUCAAGACAAAGUCAUGUACAAGAAGAAGAGGUCUGUGCUUUGAAAGAAACAAUUGCACAACUCGAUAAGGAGAAGGCAUCUUUGCAACACCGUGUGGAAGAAGGAAGAGAGAAGAUUGCUACUUUUGAGGAAAGCCUGGCAAUUAAAAAGAAAAUAAUUUCAGAUUUCAAGAUUCUGAUUUCUGAGUUGGAGCAUUCCACAAAGUCAUCUGCUGAAGCACUCUCCAUCUGUGAGAAGGAUAUCACCAGUUUGCAUCAACAGCUAUAAGAAACUAACAAAGAACUCACAUAGACCAACAAGAACACAGUAUCAUUAGCUCAGGAGAAUGACAGGUUAUAGGAGCAUCUUUCUAAUAUUAAGCAAGAAAUUCAAGUACUACAUAAUAAACUAGCAAAGUACCAAAACAAGCUUCAUUAUAUGAAGGCCCAGGAUUCAAACACAGAUAUUGUCAGGCUGAAGAAUGUACUGAAGUCUAAAGAGAGAGAGAACUGUGAGCUCUUGGAGAAUUACCACCAAGCCUGUGAACAAAGAGAAAGUUGGGAAGCAAAAUGCCGUCAAGCAGAAGCAGUCUUUCCCUCUGUUAGACUGGCACUGAUCAGUGCAGAGUCUGAGAACCACAGGUUGAAAGAGAAAAUAGAGUCCCUUGGAACACAGAUGGAGCAACAUUUGCCAACAGAAGCAGCAUACAAGUCCCAUAUUUCUGUGUUAAGCAAGUCUCUUCUGAAAAUGGAUAGAGAGCUUCAAAAUAUACAUGGGAGAGUCCCUAUACUUGCAAAUCUCACAUCUAUACAAAACCUUUGCAUUAAACUAGGCAGUCAACAAUUAAAUUAGCAUUUAACUUCCACAGCAGAAAAAGUAGAAAGGCUGCAGAGCAAGUGUGAGUCAUCCCAUUCUGAAACAGAGCUGCUGAGAAAACAAGUGGGAAAUGAAAAAGCAUCUAUGAAAAACCUGGAAUCUUUGCUUGUGUCCAAUUGUGAGAAAGAAUUUCAGUCACAGAUAGCAAAGCAAGAGAAAGACUCUGAAAUUCAGUUUCUCAAGAAACAGCUUGCUUUAGAGAAAAAUCAUCCAUGAGUAAAUGACCAGGAGAGUAUUGCAAGUCAAGAUUUUACUCACCUCAGAAAUAGAGCAGCUGAGCUUGAGGCAGAACUGGAUAUCACCAAAAGACAGCUGGAGAGUGAAUGCUUUGAAAGGCAAGUAUAUGUUUUUAAGCUUCAAUGCCAGAAUCAUACAAAUUUGUAUCAGUUAAGCUCUACAUUAAGAACAUCAUCACCUGAACAUUCCCAUCCUCGAUCUCCUCAUUGGUCUCUGGACUGGCCCCUGGAAGGGGAUUCUAGUUUCAAGGACUUAGACUGUUAUAUUCAUAAUGGCUUGUGA